AUGGGAAAGAGAAGAAACUCAAAUAGAAAGGUGAGAUCUAAGGAUACAGGUUCAGAUGAAUCAGAUGAGGAUUAUGUGAUAUCGGACGAGGAUGAAGAAGAAUCUGAGGCUGAGCUCAAAGAGUAUGCCUCAUCCAUAGACGGUGAAGCUUCCUACGAUGGUUUCGAUGGGUCCGAUGCGGUGGAGGAUGAGGAAUUUAAUGAGGUGGAAGAGGAGGAAGAUGUGUUGCUAAGGAAUGUCGAGUGGCCAAAAGUCAAAACUGGUCCUCGUGGUAAUCGGAAAAUCACAGGAAGCAAGUCGAGGAAGAUGAGCCAGGCUGUUUCAGAUGAGGAAGAUGUGGAUUUAGAUGAUGCGGAUGACGAAGAGGAGGAGAUGAGAGGUUCAAGUAAGGCUGUUGGAAGGAGAAAUGUGAGAGCUGGGUCUCUAGAUGGAGAGAAACACGGAAGAAUAGGUUUAGGAAAGCGAAGGAGAGUUUUCUAUGAGGAGGAAGAUGAAGAUGGGGAUUAUCCGGAGGAGGAUGGUGAGGAAGAGGAAGAGAGGGGUGUCGAAAAUGUCGGGUGUGAGAAAGUGGAUUUGAACUCGUUGGAUGAUGGUGAAGAUGGAGAGAUGGGAUUGCAAGAGCAGGACAACGCGUCAGUGGAGACAGAGAAGGAAGAUGAUGGAGAUUAUGAAAAUGACGAUAGUGAUGAAGAAUUUUCCGCAGACGAAGAUAUCUCCUUAGAUGAGGAAGAGGAGGAAGAAACAGUGAAGGUUUGUAACAAAAACAAGCGAAAACGGAGAUCUGCUGGAGGUGGGCGUAGUAGAAGAAAGAAACGCUCUGUUUCAAAACCCCGUUUGGCAAAUGGAAGAAAGAGACGUGGGAGAAAAACAAAGAAAGAGGUUGAUGAAGAUGAAGAUGAAGAUGAUGAUGGUGAUUUUGUAGAUGACUGCCUACCUGCAAGAAAGAAGGCGAAGACCAAGACGAGAUCAUCAAGGCCAAGGCGUCGGUGUGUAGUGGCAUCAGAUUCAGACAUUGCAUCCUCUGGAGAAUCCGAUUAUGAGUACACGAUCUCGGAGGAGGAAAGAGAGCAGGUGAGAGAAGCUGGUAGUUUGUUGAGAAGUAGUGUGAAGAAUGUAUCAUCUAUGAGAAAAACUACGGUCAAUAAAGAUUUGCCUCAGCUUCGCAAGUCUCCUGUGAAGAAAAGUGAAAAGAAGGUCGAGCUAGUGAAGAGAGAUGUGAUGAAAAACGUUUGUGGGAUUUGUCUGUCUGAGGAAGACAUGCGAAGAUUGAAGGGAACAUUGGACUGCUGUAGUCAUUACUUUUGCUUCACUUGCAUUAUGGAGUGGUCGAAAGUAGAGUCUCGAUGCCCGUUGUGCAAGCAGCGUUUCAGAACAAUCAGUAAGGCUGCAAGAUCUACGCCUGGAGUAGAUUUGAGAGAAGUCGUGAUACCUGUACCUGAACGGGAUCAGGUCUAUCAACCGACUGAGGAAGAGUUGAGGAGUUAUUUUGAUCCGUAUGAAAACACAAUAUGCACGGAAUGUCACCAAGGUGAAGAUGAUGGGCUUAUGUUACUUUGUGAUCUUUGUGAUUCAUCUGCCCAUACGUACUGUGUUGGACUGGGGAGGGAAGUACCAGAAGGAAACUGGUACUGUGAAGGUUGUAGACCCGUUGCACUUGGAUCUGCUAGUUCCCAAACACAUACUACACCCGAGCAACAACGGGUCAGUGGCUUUUACAGUAGACCAUCACCUCUUGUAGUUUCAGGGCAACAUCAAGAUGCGUCUUUGCUAGUCUCCCCACGCACACCGUUUUUCAACGGAGAGUACAUUUUCUCUCCAAGGCUUCCUAAUGGUGAUGUUCAAGCUUCUUCUCCAUCCGGCUUAGGAGCAACCACAUUAUCAAGAAGAAGGACGCUUCAUAGACACAUACAAAACAUUAUCAACAGUGAUAGACUUGUUAAUAUGGGUAGCAGAAGUGGUGGAACAUCGAUGAUUGCUAACUCGAGUGAUGGUUUCGUGACUACACAAAUCGGUCACGGUAGAGAAAGAGAACCGUCUCAACCUGCAGUGACCCAAGGAACAGGGAUGUCGUUGUAUACAGUCUCUGAGGAAAGGCUACCCAAUAACAACCCUGAGCUUUUGUCUCCAAAGUUGGAACAUUUUGGAAGCGAAGAAGCAGUCAGACGUUUGUCUAGUAAUACGUUUCUUGGUGAUCGGUCUAUCGAUUUAGGGUUGCGUCAUGGACUGGCUCAGGGUGAUCCCUUGUUUGGUAAUCAACCACUUCCACUCAGCUUCAUGCCAGUCACAAUGUCUUCCAUGGGAGGAGAAGGACUACUGCAACAAAGAGUUAAAGCCCAUCUCAAGAACUUGUCCAGUCAAAUCAACUUAGGUCAAGCCACGUUUGACGAGAUUUCCACGUGCUCAAUACACACGAUACUGGCAGCUUGUGGACUCGAACACAAGAGCAGUGAGGUCCAUCUUGUUCCACCGCCAGUGACUUGUCCUCACGAUGAUAUGACACCUGGGAGCAGCAGUAGCAACAACAGCAGAAGCAGCCUGAUGAGAGGGUGUUGCUCUUCUUGCUUUGAUUCAUUUGUAGAAGAUGUAGUUAAGAUGAUUCUGGACACAAGACAACCCCAUUGGUUGAGAUUAGGGCUCCACUAA